GGUUUUUUGAGUAAGACCUUUUGAACUUGCGGUCAAAAAAAAAUUUAAAAAAAAUCAUGUUUCGGUUAGCUGUAAUCGCAGUUUGCUGCGUUUUUGGCAUCGCAAAUGCCCAAGAUCCUUUCGGAGUUUUCACCUUUAAGUGUUCAACUGCUAUGGUUUGCGUUGACAAGCCAAGUUGCGAUUUCAACGGAGUUUUAUCGAAAACUACUGUUUCCCUAACUGAAGAUGAGGAACUUUUCCGUAUGCCUUUGUUGCCAUGCAAAAAACCCGAAGGAGGACGAGGCGUUUGUUGUCGUGAUCCCGAUUUCGUUGAUGAUUGGCCAACUGACAUCAAUUACGACGAAAAAGGACAAUAUCAAGCUCCGCCAAAAGCUGGAUCGGGAUGCCCUCAAAGAAACAGAACUGCCAUGCCUGACAAAGAUUACCGCCCAUAUGACGAAGCAGAUUUCGAUGCAGGCGCCGGAGAAUUCCCAUGGCAAGGAGCUGUCUUAUCAUCAUCCGGAAAAUUGCUCUGCACAUGUUUCUUCACUGAACAAAACACUUGCACAACGACUGCUUCAUGCGUUGCGGGACUUAAACUCGAAGAUAUCAAGGUUGGCGUUGGCAUGUACGACAUCGCUGCUCCAUUGAAGGUCCAAGAAGCUCCCGGCGUUGACAAAAAAGCACAAAUUUCUCCUGUCAAAGCAAUUGCUGUCGAUCCUGAAUACGAUGCUGCUACCAAGAAACGCGAUAUUGCCGUUUUGCACAUGGAGAAAGAAGUUGAAUACAAUUAUUACACGCUCCCAAUCUGUUUGGAUCGACCAAAGGCAAUUCCCUUCUUCAAAUAUGACGAUUGCGUCGUCACCGGAUGGGGAAAGAGCGAUAACACUUACCAUUGGGCUGAUGUUUUGUUGUUGACUGAGAAGGAAUGCGAAGAACUCGUGCCCGGAUUUGAUCGCAAACGUGAAUCUUGCGGAAAAGUUAAUAGCGAUAAGAAUGUGUGUCAAUUGUUUGAUUUCGGAAGCGGUUUCCAAUGUCGCAAAAUUGGACAACGUAACAAGCCCGCUGACGAUACGUACUGGCUUAAGGGUGUUUACUCGGCUGUUAAUGUAUGCGACCCUGAAUCACAAAUCAUCACAUAUUCACGCAUCGAGUUCACACAAUGGUUCGACGAUGCUCUCAGAAAUCCAGAAAAAUACAGUCCAUGAAUUUUUUUUAAUGUAAAAAUGUAAAUUUUAAGGCAAAAAACCGAUACGAUUUAAUAAAAUAAAUAAAAAAAAAGAUUUGA